AUAUUUAUUAUAUUCUUUGUUAAAGUGUGACGUCAUAUCCCGCGUGACGUCACAAUCGUGCUAGGAGUCGUUAUCGAUCGUCGAAUCGACCCGUAGUUCGCGUACCCCCCAAACGGAUCGAUCCCUGACCAUUUAGUAUUUUAUCACAACCUCAUUGCGUAAACGCGUUUCAUUCAAGUUUCGCAUCGGCGUAUUUGAGUUGCGCGAAGUGUUCCUGCGGCUGGAUCGCGACCCACCGCCCGUCACCGUCGCCGGCCCGCGUGAAAAAGAACCGGUAGAAAAUCGGACGACUGCCCCUCACCGCACGGAGCCUGAGGAUCAGCUGUUGUUUGUUGUUCGGACGAGGAUCGCCCGGCGGCAGCCCGACGCACGGACGUCGGCUCCAAGCCGUCAUGUUUUCCUUCCUCAACAGCUUCGUCUCCGUCCAGUGUUCGAACAUUAUUUAGAACGGGACGCCGAUCCGACUGAUGGCCCAAGUUGGACGAUGGUGAAAGGGAGCGACAGACGUCGAUUCUUUUGUUUGAGGGGUCCAUCGUCGACCAGAGGCAAGUGCACGUAAAUAACAUGUGAAAGUCACGGAUUUUAAUGGGAGAACGAAUCUGAAGACAAAUUUGAAGACAAAACGGAGGAGGAAUGUCUGAACUGAAAAGGUCGUCAUCUUCAGUAUCGAAAAAGCAAGGAAAGGAUGACGAAGAGAAAGACACCAGAGGAUUUUCUUAUUUUAAAAACUUAAUAACAACAACAACAACACUUGCCCGGAAAGAUAAAAAUGAGCCUGCACGAUUCUUGGGAGAUGGGGUAAGCUUUAAGGCGAAACUAAUUGGAAUCUUAGAAGUGAGCGAAGCGAGGGGAGACAGAAUGUGUCAGGAGGCUCUGGCAGAUCUGAAAAUGGCCAUCAGAGCAGCUGGCGAGCACAAACAGAGGAUUAACAUCAACAUAGCGAUUGACGGAUUACGUUUAAGAGAUGAAAAAACUGGGGAUUGUUUGUAUCAUCAUCCUGUCCACAAGAUAUCUUUCAUAGCUCAAGACAUGUCAGAUUCUAGAGCGUUUGGAUACAUAUUCGGAAGUCCCGAUACUGGACAUAGAUUCUUUGGUAUCAAGACCGAUAAAGCUGCCAGUCAGGUGGUAAUAACUAUGAGAGAUUUAUUUCAAGUUGUUUUUGAGUUAAAGAAGAAGGAAAUCGAAAUGGCCAAACAGCAUAUUGAACAACAUCAGAAAUUUACAACCACUUUAUUCUCGGACUCAACAAAUAAGACAUCCAUUGAACCAUUGAAAAUUCGGCCAAUCAACCAAUCGGAGGAACGAAGUAAAGACAACGCGAGCGCCGUUGAAAGAUCUGACAAUCCAGAGCAUAUAAUGGAUCUUCUUGACUUAGAACUUGAACUGAGUAAUAUCCAACAGGGUAUCAACCAAAUGGAUAGAAUAACGCCUUCAGACCCUUUUGGACCAGCUGCGACAAAUAAAGUUUCAACGGAUCCUUUCGGAGAUUCAUUUAAUCCACUGUCCAACAAAGCCAAACUUCCACCACCACCGGACACAGGAAAGAAAACAAAGUCGAACGAAAAGCACUGGUUUGAUCAAGAAACAGAAGCGUUAUUUGAAGAAACUGAAUUGCCGACUAGUUUAGCUUCAAUCCAGUCGAAUGCACCGACAAGUUUUCCUUUAACAACAAUAUCUGGAUCUCCCUUACCUUCAGAAGCAGCUGCAGAUGAUGCCAUGUUGAAAAAACUCGACCUCUCACCGUCACGUGAUCAAUUUGAUGUGUUCACUGACCUAGAUCCUCUUGGAACAGGACGAAGCAAACCGUACAUCGACAAGAAGGAUUUUUUUCAAGAUCUUAAAAAUCCGCCAAAGAAAGUGCUUAAAGAUCUAGUCACGGAGGUGCCUGUUGAAAAUAAGAAAACCCUUUUUCAUGGUAAUUUUGAAUGUGAUACACCUUCGGCUCAACAGAGUAGCAAAUCUGAGGAAGGAAAUGUUUCCAAAACGUCUGCUCCGGCUCAGUUGUUUUCUGAUCCGUUUCAAGACGAUCCUUUCGAUAAGGAUCCAUUUUCCGAAGUGGAUUUUUCCAAAUCUAUUUUCACCCCUUCAAGCAGCAGUGAUCCUUUUGAAAAGUUUGCCGAUUUCGCUUCGUUCCCUAAUCAAAUCGAGAAUAUCUAUGCAACUGUUGAAACUGUGAAACAGUCCACUUUCUCGGGUGAACUUUCGAAAUCGACUCCGUUAAAAGUUUCGCUCCCUCCGGAAAAGUUAGGUUCAAAUGAAUAUGCUUCUGUCAGCCCGAUACAGUCUAGGAAAGCUAGAGGGUACCAAAAAACAAACACAAUAGGUUGUGUGAUUUCAAAACCUCCUAGUCCAAAACAAAAAACUCGCUAUAAAAUGCUAUCUCAAACGUCAGAUGUUUAUGGCGAGAGGAACUCCCCGAUAAUGGAAGGUGUAACAAUCAAAUCGAGAAACACUUAUUUUACCACCCCUGAAAAACAGUACAAUGACAGUUCGGCGCCUGAACCUCCUCCUAGAUCUGCUCUCAAUUGUUUAAGCAUGAAGCCUCCUCCUCUGCCUCCUAAACGGAUUCCUUGUGCCAUCUCUUCAAGGCCUCCACCCCGGCCUCCUCAUUCUGAUUACGACUAUAUAGAAAAUUAUCAGACUACUCAUUUUACCAAUAUUAACAGCCCUCCUUUACCGGCGCCAGCGAGGAAACCAAAAAUUAUCGGAAAACCGAGUACAGAUACUGAAUACUAUUUACAGCCUUUUCCCCUCCUUCCACCGCCGAAGAAAAAGAGUGCUGCGAAGAACGUUUCUGCAACGAGUGAGAUUUACGCUUCUACUAAACUGAUUUCGAGUUCGACAGCUGCUGCUGUCACCAGUCCUCCCACUUUUACAACUACAACCGUGACCAGCACGGAAACGGUACCUUCUUCUUCGGCAGCUUCUGCUAAUAAAUCUUUAGAUAUUACUCUCAGUCAAUUAACAAAAACAGGGUUUAGCGAUCUUGCGGCUACCUUAAACAUGUCUCCCACAUCGCUUUCUAAAAUGACAUUACAGGAAUUGACAAAAUGUUUAGCCAAGCUUUCUAAUAAUGAUAAUCAAAAUAAAGAUUUAAAUUCACAAGCUGUUUUAAACAGCGAGUGUUAUUCUGUGGAUGAAGGGGCUCCCUUUAAAGCUGAAUUUGAAGCGCAUUUUACUUCAAACGAAUUUCCUAAGAAGGAAGAAGAAUCUCUUUUUGAUAAAUAUGCAGUUUUUAGAGAGCUCCUUGAAGAGGAGAAAAAGCAGUGUGAAGAAGUUAAUGAGGAAACACAAGUUGGCGACAAGGUUGAGACAAAUCAGUUCGAUGAAGUAGACGAGAGAAAAACGGGUGAGCCGACUAAGGUUGAAAAUGUUGAACCACCGUCAGAAGACAGAUAUGCAGCUCUCAGAGAUAUUUGUCUUGACGAAACGAUUGAAAAAUGUGAUGAUAAAUAUGAAGAUCUGAGUGAUAAGGAUGAUAGUAUUAUUGAGCCGUCAAGGCUGGAAGAAGACACCGAUCUUCUACCUCAGUCACGUCCUCAUAGUGAGAGUACAGAAUCUCCGACAGUCACUACAAAAGAACACCAAUCAAUUAUGGAAGCAACAAUAAUGGAAGAAGAUAUAAGCGCCCUGGAAGUCGAUGAGGAAGAUGUACCAGAAGAGUCUAUUGAUGAAACUCUCAAAGAACAACUCGAACCUGAUAGCGUAGUCGAUAAUUCUGUAAAUAGAGCAACAAUUAAUAAAGUAAAUGAUAAUAUCCAGUAUUCUCAUCCUGAAGGUGUCGCCGAGGCCAAAGGCAGUACAGAAAUAAAUUCUUCAUGGGCAAAAUUUGACAGUAACAACAUGCCGCUUGAAAGUGCAUCAAGUAUACACAGUGAAGGGCAUAUAUCGCCCUGGUCUACAGAGAGCAAAGAUAACGAUUUAUCGCCGGCUUGCAGAGAUAAGCGUAAACACCGAAAAGUAAGAAGGCAUAAACAAAACCAAUGGCAAGAGGACGAAGAAUCGGAAGAAGGGUGGGAUGGCCGAGUGGAACACAGCUCAUGGAGUCCAUCAUGGAGAGAAAACGGGUGGAGUGAUGGUGACUCGUUGUACAAUGAAACACACGGUUACAUCGAGCACGAUUAUCCAAGUCCAAGAAGAGGGCGAAGAAGACGCAUGUCUCCUUGGAAUUCUCGUGAGCAGUCCCCGUGGGAAGAAGACGACAGAGACUUGAGCGAAGAUCAAUGGGAAGGUUCUAGAUGGCAAGAUGAUGUAUGCCAAAGGCCAAAACAUAGGGGUCAAUCAUGGGAAGAUGAAAGGAGAAGGCAUUACGAAGAACCAAGGAAACCGAGAAACGUCAAAAUGUGGUCAAAUGAGCCUCACGCUUGGGAAGACGAUGAAAGGUAUCAAAAACGUAAUUACAUAGACAGAAGAAGAAGAAAAUGGGAUGAAGAUGUACAUAAUAGGAAUAGAAAUUGGAGAGAAAGAGACUGGGCUGAAGCUGGAAUGAAAAUGAGCAAUAGAUACUGUAAAGAAAGGAGUCACGAUUCGCACUGGGAUAGUGAAUACGGGGAGCAUGAUGAUGAAAGCUCGCAUUGGAACCAAAGGCCAAGAAGCUGUGAUAGGGGUAGAAGACAAUUUUCAGGUCAUCAUUCGUCUGAUAGCGAUUUUCCAGAUAGGAGAUACAUGAGGUCUCGAGAGGGCCAUUGCUCUGACUUAGAUUAUAGGCGAAAGGCACAAACAUUGCAACGUCAAAAGCAACGACGAAAGCACAGUCAAAAUUCACCGUUCGAAGAUGAUUUUUCAUCGCAAUUCAGCUUUUCUAAGGAGAGCCCUGGUGGGCCAGAUGCUUUUGACCCAGAAAUUAAAACAUCGCCCGUGCCAUUUGAGACUCAUAAAAAGCCAGGAUUCACCGACUCUUCCAGAGUAAAAGAUUUUUCACAAUAUCCGUCUCAUUCAAAUAUCCAUAGUCAACCCGAGUACCGCGAUAGUUCUGGAAACAAAAUUUCUCGCUCUUAUCAACAGUCACCGUUUGAAGACGACUUUACAAGCCCAGAUAAUAGAAGAUGUAGUGGUCGCAGCGCAUCCAGUGAUUUAAGCGAUCCUCGAGGUAGUGAUGAGAUUUUCCCUGGACAUCCCGAAUUGCCGAAACCUUCAAGAUCUGACGUCGCUAAACGCCCUAAAAGUGCAAAUCAAGCAGAAUCUCUAACCCGAAACACAAAAAGUUUUAAAUCCGUUCCCCCCCAACUUGAUUCGCACAAAGUCCCACAUCAAACCAAGACCGUCACUCAUCCUGAAUGCGAGAUGUCUGAUGUUAACAUUGCUCAAUGCAUGACUGAUAAAAAAGGAAACAAUUCUGAUUGUAAAGGUCGAAUUUCAAACUUAAAACGUUCUGAUUCAAGUUCCAGUCUGAGAAAAUCAGAAUCGGUGAAUAUUUUCGCUAGAAAUAACGAUCCUUUCGAUGAUGAUUUUUUCUGCGAAGAAAAUACCACUCUUCAUCGCAAUAAAGAUAAAUUAUCCAAAACAUUAGGGCAUGAAUCUAAAUGGGCGGAUUCUUUUAACGCUUUUAGUUUUGACGAAGAAACAAAAUGAUCCUACCUUGGAAAUUACGUUUAAAUAAGUAUAUAAUUGGGAAAACGAGUAUGACCUGACAAUUGAAUAGUACGGAUAGUAAGAUAAGGAUUAUUAAAAAAAAGUUUGUCGAUUAAAAUUGAAAAUAAAUCAAGAGAUUAUAUAACAAAGUACCAGAAGAUCUGUAUAUUAAGUGUGAUUAGGCAUGUUUUAACACUUGUACAUCGCGUGAAUAGCAAAGUUUAUACACAAUCAUUUAUAAGGCCCAUUUGUACGGCUUUUUAUAUGCAAUUUAUAAAUGGUUUAUACUUAUUUAUUCUUCGGUAUUAAAUGUAUAUAAAUACAUAAUAAUAAUAAUAAUAUAUGCAUUAAUUAUCUCUAAAUUGGAAAAGAUAAAAGAGAUUCCUAGUGUACAUAAUGUGUAAUUAUAACAAACCUACUAGAAAUAUUUUAGUAACAUUUAUAAAAAAAAUAAUAAUAAUCAUUUAUAUGCAAAUAAAAUUGUUAUUUAAUGACUGACUUAGUCUAAAUAGACUAAAAACCACCACUAUAUUCGCAUAUAGUGUCAUUAAUUAAUUGAGUUGUAUAUUUAAAAUAUGUAAACGCAUUGAACCAAUAUCUCAUUGGAAAAAUCUUUGUCUAUAGCGGUGUUUCUCAAACUGCAGGGCACAAUUAAAAUUGCAAAAUGAAAAUCAGAAUUUAAAACGUCCACGAUGAAUUUUUCAAGACGAUAUGUAAAUUGUUCAUUCGUGAAAAGUUAAAUUCUUUCGAUGGAAUAUUUCAUUUAUUCUAAGGGAAAAAAUUUUCUAUUGUAUAACUUGAAUGGUUCUGGUUUCUAAACGAAAUCUUUGUCAUUCUUAACCCCCCCCCCCAUUUUUAAUAUUUGGAAUAUCUAUGUCAAAUUGUGUAGUUUUUUGCAUUAGACGUUUAGAAAUAACUGUACUACUAAAGAAAAAAUGUGUUUUUUUUUUUUUUUUAUCAACCGAUGAAUAGAGCGGCAUUUAGUUUCAAUUCGGUCUUCGUCAGUUCUUACUUCCGCUUAAAAAGUUCGAAUCGACAAGUCCGAGCCUUUUUCUAGCAUUGUUGAGAAUUUAAUGGAACAUUCAGACUGAUUAACAAGUCAAAAACUAUUUUUUUCUUGGCUUUCAUCUUGUAUUUCAUAGUUUAUUUCUUCGGAAUCUUUUAAACCUUAAAUAUGUGUUGUAAUUAUUUUGCAUACUUUGAAUAAUUGACAUACUCUUUCCAAUAAAUAAUAAAAACCAGGAAGUACGUAAUAAAAAGGCACACAGUCAUUUUUAACAAUCUAAUCUGUAAAUCUAGUAACAUAAGUUUUUUUUUUUUUUCCAUAUACAUAUUAUUAGAUAUUACAAAUAUGAUCACAAAUCAUUUUUUUCACACAGUCACAGCAAUAACACUAAGGCCACCACUACAUCCAAUACUGGCACUCGGUGUGAGGAAUUUAAGGGCAAGAAGGUCUCGAGGAUAUCAGGUUCUCAGGAUGGGAAUGGGUGUAGAGAGGGCUUGAGCACUAGGGUUAGAAUGGAUCAAUAGGUUGGAGGGAAACUUUUGGAAUUUGGAAUGGAUCAGCUUGUUUACAGAAGGACUUUUGAGGUCAUUGUAAGGUUGGUGAUGUAGUGAAGAAUGCAUUGGAUGUUUGGAUGGCUUGGCAGAACAAUGUAUGUCCAAUAUGUUUGCAAUAAAGAUUUAAGGUUAGUUUACUGUUGACAGUCACAAUGUAUUUCAGUCCUAGAAGUCUUCGUAGCUGUCCAAGUCUUGUUGUGUGGGGAUUCGACGUCUGUUGUCUAGGUAUAGUCCUAUGUAUCUGACUUGAUUAGAAGUCUAUUUCUUUGUGUCCCCACUUUUAGCACCAGUCUUCGAUAAGCUCGAGGUGUUCAUGGAUGUUUAGAGGUCACUUGGAUAGAAUUCGGGUUGGUAAACAAAAUUUUAUCCGUACAGCCGCACAUGUUGCAUUCUAGAGCAUAACAACAGCUAGGUCAUUUUAGCCCAAGCAGUUUUUAAACCUAGACACACACUCUUAGAUAAAUUCUUUAUUUACAUUCCAUUCACUCAGGGUGGUGGAGUAAUUGAUACUCCAUAGCUUUUUACACCGAUCAUAACUAACCUAAUGGUCAAUGGGGUACUGAAUAUUCUGCCAUUAAUUAAAUGAACUCAGAAUAAAAAUUGCUUUUUAAAAAAUAUUUUUUUAUUGAAGUAACAACUGUUCAGACGUGGGGCUUACAGCAGAGAAUGAUUAACGGUUACAACAAUAAGCGCAUAGCGUGGGAAGGGUUUUUUAGAUUAGUUAUCAAAAGAAAUAUUGACAGCAGUGUCGGAUUACAGGAUCUUUCCCUCCUCAGGAUGAAAGUUGUCCUCAGCGUUCAACCGGUUUCUUCGGGUUCAAUUUCGAUGUUGUGAGAUGUUUGCUUAUCUCUUCUGCUUGGAGCUUAGUCAGCUCUGAUGAUAACUGCUGUUUUUCUAACAUUCUCUAUUCUUAAACAAUAGAUAACAUAUUACAAAGAGUGUCAUUACUAGUAAUAUUACAUACAUAAUUUUAUAAUGGUUAACUAGCAGUUGAACUAAUUCUUCCAAUGGGUCUACAUUAAUAUUGGAUUUAUGGAUUGUUUUAAAACUCACAAUUAGAUGUUUACAUACAACGGAUAUAUACUUUUUCAUAAUUGAUUCAAAAUAUGUAUAUGGUUUAACAAAGUUGUUUAGUGUUUCAUUUUUGUUUAAUAAUAUUAGUGCUUUUCUUGUAGAUGUACAAUAUUCGUAUUACUAUGAGUCUUAAUUGUUAAUUGUUAUUAUAAGAUAAAUAUUGAUUAAUGACAUUAACAUACUUAAUAAAUGAUUUUGGUUGAGGUAUGAUGUAAAAUUCACAAUUUUUUUGCAUCAUUUUCCUCUGAUAUUCCAUUUAUACAUGGAUAAUUUAAUCUAGACUUUUUUUACAAUAAUAAUUAUCUUUAGUAGUGUACGGUCUCCUGCAAGUAACCUCUCGUGUUUCACAAUAAGAGAAGGAUGGACAAUCGUGAUGAUUGUUUACCUUCAUAAUCAAUUGGGUACGAUAGGAAAAUAUAGGGAAUGUAAGGGUAAUCGGAUAAAAUAAGAAAUGAAGUCACUAUGAAUGGAGCAAUGUACUCUCCCUAUUUGCCAUAAAAUCUCUGGAUCCUUUGAUAUUAAUGAUACAUGAGUUUUUGAUGUUAAUUCCCUAAUUUCUUUAUGUGUUAUUAUACUGGAAUGGAUUACGUUUGUUUUACAAAAUUCCAAGCUAUCAGCUAUGUCGUUUAUUUUGUUAUAUAAUAAUGAUAGUGAUGUAAAUAGGAUUGUAUAUUUCUGGGUAAGUUCUAUUGUAUUCGUUGUGUUUUCGAAAUAUUUAAGAUGGUUAUGUAAUUUUACAUUAUUUUCUUGAACAAUUCUUAUCUCUUUAAUGAAUUCUUUAAUUAAACGUUUAUUUAAUGAUAGUUGCUUUUCUACGUUGUGUUCUAAAGUAUAUUCAUUUGUUUGAACUUUCAUUAAUAUUUCAUCAUAUUUUUCUUUGCCGUUAUGGUCCAUAUUUCCAGUUAGCCAAGGGAUUACAGUCCAUAAACCAUUAAUUAAAUCUCUUUUGAUUCUAAAAUUGUUAUUUCUGGUGUUCAGGUGAAUACGGCCUAGUUUGUUCUGUGUGUCUUCUAGGUAUGAUUUGAGUUUUUAUACUUGAUAGGUUUCUAUAAUUUUGGGGGUUUUGUUCAGUAAGAUCCGAAUGUUGUCUAAUUCGCCUUGAUAGAUGACAUAGUGCAGUAAUAUUGGCAGUGCAUUCGUACCCGAUCAAUCAGGUAGAUCAACAAAGACAGACAAACAAAACCCAAAAUAUUAACAACAGACACAUUUUUAACAAUUGUCUCUUAACAUUAUCUUUAUCAAAAUUAUUAAUAUCAUUUGGUUUAUAUUCAAAAAUUUCAUAUAUUUCCAUGGGCAUGGGACUAAUGGUCAUUAGCUCGUUGGAAUAGACAAUACAUCUACAUUUCUUAUUUUUAUUUUAACCAAACCUUCGUUAAUCCUAUAUUUUCCAUUGUCGAAGGGUUUUAUUAUCGUGAUUUUUGUGUUCGGCAUUGACCUAACAGGCAGCUCGACUAUGUUAGUCCCUUGUUUAAGCUUAAUUUUUCUUGGUUCAGUUUGAAACAAAUUUUUUUUUACCUUUUUCAUAUUCUAAUACAUUUUUAUCAAAAUUAACAUUGGCAUUAACACAACUUAAAGUUUCAUGUCCAAAUAAAAUAUCGUAUUUAUCCGAAAAAUUGAAUAGGUAUAUAUUUUUUUUUUUAUUAUUAGUAUAAAAUAUUUCCUCGAGAUCAAAUAGAACAUAUUCAGUUCCUUUAAUUUCUCUAGCCGGAGUCUUUACAAUGACUCUUCUCUUUAUAUAGUUAUCAAAGGGGAUUAAUGUAAUUUUUAAGUGAACCCGAAUCAAUAAAGCCGUCUUCUGUGUGAAUUAUCAACAAAAUGGGGAAGUGAUUUAUUAGUUGAUUUUAAUUCAAAUCCUUCCUUUGGGUUGUUGCCCAAGCCUAAAAAAAAUGAUCAAAUUUUUUUGUGAUGCUAUUAACCGAUUUUGAUAAUUGUUCUAUUUGCUUUUGUAAUUGUAAGUUUUCAGGAUUUUCAUUAUAAUGCAUUACUCAGUAAUAUCUACUUUUUGAAAUUUAUGAAAACUGUAUUUUGUGAGUCUACAUUUUGAAACUUUUUUUUUUAUUAAUUUUUUUUUUUAAUUGGGCUUUUGAUGAGGUUGGAAUUGCUGGUAUUGUUUAGACGAUGAAUAACGAUUGGGAAUGAGAAGGUCUGAAGUAUUCGUGCGUCGCAUCUAUUGGUACAUUUCAGUUAUUUUCUAAAGUCCAGUACAUUAGGCAAAACGAACUUACGAUUGGGAAUGUCGAAUUUAUUUUGAGAUCUAGGGGGAUAUUGCAGUUUCAGGAUGGCAUGUGGAACUUAUAUAGUUUGGUAUUUUCUUUUGUGAGGGGGUUUGUAAUUUGGUAUUUUAUAGUUAGUGUGUAUCGUAGUUGGUUGUCUGUCUGUUUUAUUUAUUAUGUUUAGGCUAGGGUUCAACUUUGUCAAGUCAAUACUACAGUUAUUAACUUACUUCUAGCUGUGUCUAAAUUUUCAGGUUGUAAAACCCACCAAGUGUUGGGUGAAUUCCAUGUAUCGAUGUUCUAACAUGUGUGGCAUCAAGUUGGUCAGUUAAGAUUCUGUAAAAACUGAUCUUGAUGCCAACUAUCCUAUACCUUAUGAUCACUAUCGUUUAUUGUCUAGUCGAUUUAAAAAUUAGUUGGGGGUGUUCUUAGUUGUUUGACUUCAUAACUGUUAUUUCUGCUGUUAGAACAGGAAUUGUUCUUUUGCCAGCAAAAUUCUUGUUUAGUGUUUUUAUUAGAUCAGUGAUAUGGGUAGCAUUGUUGUUCAAGAGUACUGCUUCUGCAGGGCCAUCUAACGGCACAUUCCAGCUCUGAAUAGAAGCCAGUGAUUCAAAUCUUUUUCGAGAAUUCGCACAAUAUGCGGUAUAAAUUUCCUGUAUUGUGCCAAUCAAAUUGGGCAAUUUGUACAUCGCACCAUCAUAACAUGGAUGGUUAUGGUAUUAGGAUAUCAGUAGGCAAACAUUUCGAUAGUUCAUUAUCAACUAUGUUUAAUGUGGAGGACAAAAUAUUUGAUCUAUUAUUAUGUGAAAAGGAAUCACUUACUGAAGGUUGAUCAACAGGUUAGGAGUCUUCUUCCUAUGAAGAUGAUGGGGAUGGUGCAGAUCUUUUGUAGUAAGGUGAUUUUGUCCAGCUGUUGUUGGGGUGUAUGACCAUGAGUUGCUCUGAAGUCCUCUAUUGUUGAACCCAGUGAAUUAAGAGUAAAAACUCAAAUUGCUUCUCCCCAGGAUUAAUCACUCAAGUUAAAGACAAUUGGUCUUUUCAAAAGAACUUUCGCCGGACCCUGUUCGGGUGCCAAUUAAAUACUCGGAAUAAAAAUUACUUUUUAAAAAAGAAUUUUUUAUUAAAACUACAACUGUUGACGGGGCUUACAGCAGAAAAUGAUUAAAGAUUAAAAUAAUAAAGGGAAGGGGUUUUUAGAUUAGUUAUCAAAAGACAUAUUGCCAGCAGUGUCGGAUUGCAGGUUCCUUUCUUGUAACUGUUGACCCUCUCACACUUUGCAUUUAC